AUGAUGUUCACAACAGCCCUUGUCGUCCUCAUCAAAGUGGUUUCGUGCAGACCGGAGGAAACUCCAUGGGAGGUGAUGCCGCCAGAUCAUCAGUCAUUUCAUCACCUUACCUUUUUGGAGGUUCUGCAUGUGGAGCAGGGGUCGGAGCGGAGGGUGGAGCCCAAGACAGACACGAUUUUGCGGCGGAUGCCCAGCCUGGCAAACCUGGCUGUCCAAGGCCCUCAUCUAGUUCUUCAGGCUUUGAUGGGUUUCGAGCUGCCGGACGCGUUAGAAAGCAAGUACAAAGAUGACGCGACCUUGGGUACGGGCACCUUUGGCGUUACUUUCCUGGCCACCAGGAAAGCCGACAACCAGAAGGUGGCUGUAAAGGUCUUCAAGGAUGAGAAAGGAUCUUGGGCGACGCCGGCAACGUGCAAAUCAGUGCAGUGCCUUGCCGUUGUGACGUCAAGUGCUUCGGAAUGUCUGGACACCCAGCGCAUCCAUGACGCUGAUAGUGAGGACAGGGAGGCCUCCGAUCACGUGGUCAAGUGCCUCUACGAUGGCAUCACAGGCCGCCGCACUGGGAGUGAACCAUAUUACAUCGAAAUGAGCUUUGCUGGCCUCGACGAUGUGGACAAAUGGUGGGGGAAGAAGCUGAAGCAGAAGCUCGCUGAUGGUGACUAUGUGCAGCACUUGAAGUCUGUGGCCAAGGGCGUCUACUUCGGCCUCCGGUUCAUGGCUGAGAGCAAGACCGCGAACCAGUGGGUUCAUAUGGACCUAAAACCUCAGAAUAUGGUGAUCAAUGAGGACACCGGUCAAACGGUCAUCGUCGACAUGGGCACCGUGGUUUGCAAAGGGUUGCGGUGCCCGCGCCAGCUCAGUGGCACCACCCCAAUCUUCCGACCCCCCGAGGUUUCACACCUUUCUCUCUUUCAGCAACAAGUGGAAUGGCACGAGCCGGUGUGGUCCUUCGAUGUACACUCAGCUGCCCUCUCCAUCCUUGGCAUGGCAACGGAUGGGAAUUCUGGGUUGGUGAUGCCAGGGGGAGUCUCCCUUGCCGCAGUACCAGUCCUUCCAGUCCUGCUAACGAACGGAGCUCAGAACUCAAUGUCAAAUUGGGCUACUGUGCAGAAGGUUGUGGACUGUGCAUCUGCCGUGGCCACGCCUGCAACGCAGAAGUUCUUCAAUGCCUUGGUCCAGUGUACGAGUGAUAUCUCCAUCGAGCACUACAAGAAGUUAUUCGAUGAGCGUCUUGAGGCGAUCCGGAAAGCAACUGGCAACGAGCGAAAGGCAGCGUGGGCGAGUCUCGUGCACUGCCGCACCUCCAAGACGCCUGCCACCACCCUCUACGCUCUUCCCGACUUGAAGGCAACGCAAGUGCCGAAGUUCUUCUGGACCCUGGUGGAUGACUGGAUGAAAACAGGCUUCGACGAGGUACUCUUGAAGGCCUUGAGCACCGAGCCAACUGAGCGCCCCAAGCCCAGCAAGAUCCUGGAAGCGUACCUGGGUUGCCUUUUAGGGUUUAGGGCUCCUGGGAAUUUUCGGUGGUUAGUUAAGGGCUAG